GCAGAGCGGGACGCUGGGGUCCGCCCCCGCCCUGACUGCGGGGCGGGGCCGCACCUGCUGCCGCUGCCGGGGCUACGCCGCCGCCGGGGCUGUUGCCGCGGCGCACCUGGCUCAGGUGAGCUGCCCCGCCCCAGCCCGGCGCGAGCCCCAGGUCCUGGCAGCAGGUGAGUGGCGGUCGCCAUCAGACCCGCGAAGCCUCUGACCUGUCCAGGUGCCCUGUCCAGCUGACUGCAAGGACAGAGAGGAGUCCUGCCCAGCUCUUGGAUCAGUCUGCUGGCCGAGGAGCCCGGUGGAGCCGGGGGUGACCCUGGAGCCCAGCCUGCCCCGAGGAGGCCCCGGCUCAGAGCCAUGCCAGGUGUCUGUGAUAGGGCCCCUGACUUCCUCUCCCCGUCUGAAGACCAGGUGCUGAGGCCUGCCUUGGGCAGCUCAGUGGCUCUGAACUGCACGGCUUGGGUAGUCUCUGGGCCCCACUGCUCCCUGCCUUCAGUCCAGUGGCUGAAAGAUGGGCUUCCGUUGGGAAAUGGGGGCCACUACAGCCUCCACGAGCACUCCUGGGUCAAGGCCAACCUGUCAGAGGUGCUUGUGUCCAGUGUCCUGGGGGUCAACGUGACCAGCGCUGAAGUCUAUGGGGCCUUCACCUGCUCCAUCCAGAACAUCAGCUUCUCCUUCACUCUUCAGAGAGCUGGCCCUACAAGCCACGUGGCUGCGGUGCUGGCCUCCCUCCUGGUCCUGCUGGCCCUGCUGCUGGCCGCCCUGCUCUAUGUCAAGUGCCGUCUCAACGUGCUGCUCUGGUACCAGGACGCGUAUGGGGAGGUGGAGAUGAACGACGGGAAGCUCUACGACGCCUACGUCUCCUACAGCGACUGCCCCGAGGACCGCAAGUUCGUGAACUUCAUCCUAAAGCCGCAGCUGGAGCGGCGUCGGGGCUACAAGCUCUUCCUGGACGACCGCGACCUCCUGCCGCGCGCUGAGCCCUCCGCCGACCUCUUGGUGAACCUGAGCCGCUGCCGACGCCUCAUCGUGGUGCUUUCGGACGCCUUCCUGAGCCGGGCCUGGUGCAGCCACAGCUUCCGGGAGGGCCUGUGCCGGCUGCUGGAGCUCACCCGCAGACCCAUCUUCAUCACCUUCGAGAGCCAGAGGCGCGACCCCGCGCACCCGGCGCUCCGCCUGCUGCGCCAGCACCGCCACCUGGUGACCUUGCUGCUCUGGAGGCCCGGCUCCGUGACUCCUUCCUCCGAUUUUUGGAAAGAAGUGCAGCUGGCGCUGCCGCGGAAGGUGCGGUACAGGCCGGUGGAAGGAGACCCCCAGACGCAGCUGCAGGACGACAAGGACCCCAUGCUGAUUCUUCGAGGCCGAGUCCCGGAGGGCCGGGCCCUGGACUCAGAGGUGGACCCGGACCCUGAGGGCGACCUGGGUGUCCGGGGGCCUGUCUUUGGAGAGCCAUCAGCUCCACCGCACACCAGUGGGGUCUCGCUGGGAGAGAGCCGGAGCAGCGAAGUGGACGUCUCGGAUCUCGGCUCGCGAAACUACAGUGCCCGCACAGACUUCUACUGCCUGGUGUCCAAGGAUGAUAUGUAGCUCCCAUCCCAGAGUGCCGGAUCAUAGGGACAGUGGGGGCCAGGGCAGCGGCGUCGCUCCUCUGCUCAACAGGACCACAACCCCUGCCAGCAGCCCUGGGACCCUGCCAGCAGCCCUGGGAAAAGGCUGUGGCCUCAGGGCGCCUCCCAGUGCCAGAAAAUAAAGUCCUUUUGGAUUCUG